CCCAUUUCUCAGAACUCCGUCACGAGAGCAGAAAGUGCCUUGAACCAGGCUAAGCUAAAGUUUUGUAUUCACGGAUUACAACAAUUUAAGCUGACAACGCCGUGUAGGUCACAAGUAUUCAUGAUGUCGAGGUUCAUCAUGAAUACAGAAGAAGUCGGAAAGAACGAGAGCUCAGAAUGGAUGUAAGGACACCUGUCAGAACCAGAAGAAAUUGUCGUUGCCUCUGCUCAUUUGAUCGGAAUUCUAUGCCUGUACUGUCGAGGUCAGGGAAGACGGGAUUGAGGAGGACGUGAUGCCGUGCGACGAGGGAGGUGAAUUGCAACUAACCGGAUGAUGAUCUUAUGAUGCUGUCGACCUUUCUUGCUCGGGGUCUCAAAGCGUCGGUUGACUUGUGCUCCAAGAGUCCGAGUCCGAGUCCGUGGACGGGAAAUUCUGUUGUUGGGACCCGCGGGGGAUUUGGUUAUGAUUCAGGGGUACCACUCGGGUACAAGGCCAGGCCUGGGCCGGUAGCACGGCGCAUGGCUUCAUUUGCUCGGCCCCAAAAGGCUGUUCUCGCUCGGUCUCGUCGAGGAGCGACAGGAGCUGCAGCUGCAGCUGGAGCUGGAGCUGGUGCAAUGCGCAAGCACAGAGCUGGAGCGGCCGGAGGGGCGGGCGGAGCGUCCUGUACUGGGUCCAAGUUCGUGGUAAGCUUGUUGGCGGCUUCUCUCGUGGCCUUUUUCAUUCUGUUCGGCUUCACCUUCCGAGGUUCGCAUGUUUCUCAAUCUCAAGAGCUCGAUGGCUCCGGGAGCUUCGCCAUGGACGAGCUGGAUGCCAGCGGGGGAGGCGAGGGGGAGGAGCAGGAGGAGAAGGAGAUGCGCCGAGCUCAAGAAGAUGGUGAUGCCGUCAGUGUCUAUGGGUAUGAAAUUGUCCGCGAGUAUGAUCACGACCCGCGAGCAUUCACCCAGGGCCUUCUGUAUUCUGGCAAUGGAACACUUUAUGAAUCCACGGGACUCUACGGGCAGUCGACAGUGCGGGAGGUAGAUCUGCUAACAGGAAAGGUGCGGCGGGCGCAACGGAUGAGUGCUAGCGAAUUUGGAGAAGGAUUAACCCUCUGGAAGGACAGAUUAUUGCAGGUGACUUGGAGAAAUCAGAAAGUCUUCAUCUAUGAUCAGAAAACCCUUCUCCCUAAGGGGCAGAUAUCUCAUCACAUGACAGAUGGAUGGGGCCUAACUACUAGUGACGAACACAUCAUAGGCAGUGAUGGAACAGCCAAACUCUACUUCAUGAAGCCGGAGACAUUUGAAGACGUCAAGGUCUUGACAGUUAAGGAUGAAGAUAAAGAAGUGGGAUGGCUCAACGAACUUGAGUUUGUGAAUGGGGAAAUUUGGGCAAAUAUAUGGCAGGGAGAAUGCAUUGCGCGCAUUUCACCUGACAACGGAAAAGUUACUGGCUGGAUUCUUCUACAGGGUUUGAGAAGUUCGCUUCUAGCUAGGGGUGCUCAGAACAUGGACGUGCUGAAUGGUAUCGCUUGGGACAAAGAAGGAGACAAGUUGUAUGUUACGGGAAAGAUGUGGCCGAAGCUUUUUGAGAUAAAAUUACUUUACAAGACGCACAACACAAACGGCAGCCUAGAGUCUGUUAGGACUUUAUGCAAUAUCGGGCAAAACGGAUUCACUUAAUUGUAUUCUUUUGUAUCUGAAUGUCGCCAGCGCAGACAUCUCCUCCGAACUAAGCAGACAGGUUUUGGUCAGAGGAGGUUUUGUAGAUUAUAUUUGUACUUUCCAUUACAUUGCAUUGGUGGAUGGUUGUCCGACCAAAUGAGAAACUGUCUUUUCUAAUAAACGUUAUUUCAUUCCGAAUAGAUUGACCAA